AUGAGAGUAGGUUCCUUCAACGUCCGAGUCACCGACUGCGUUAACCAGCUGCAGCCUCGCACGGCGCCGAAGCGCGCCCGCACACCUAAUUGCACUCAUGUCACCAUGGAGCGCAUCUACACGCGCGACGACCAUUGCUUUGUUUGCGGACGCCUGCCCUCGAUCGGCUUUCUCUACGAAUGCCGCCAGGAUUGCGACUCAGUGUCUCCUCUCUCCAACGCCCCCGCCCAGGGCAACAGCUACGAGGCGGUCACCAAGUCGGACCUCCGCCGGGACCUGGAAGAGACUGGCUUGAGCGAGAGCGUGAUUCGCGCCGCGGAGCAUGGCGAAUACUCGGGAGCGCAAUUGGAGAAACUCAAGACGCAGAAGCUCGAGCUGAAGCAGGUCAUCUCAGACUCUAUCCAAGGGAUCCAGCUCAAUCGUGCGGUAGCUCAGUUAGCGGCGGCCGCAGAGGAGCCGUCAAACAACGACGGUGCUUCCAACAGCACCGCAGCAUACGAGAUGUGUAACCCGCCUUGCUGCUUCCGCGCAUGCCACACUUGCCGUCCCUACUACAAAGACCGCAUCUACAUCUCCUUCAAUUCCGUCUUCUCGGACUGUUUCACUCCUCUAUCGCGGUCAGAUGCAGCGGUUCUUCCUACCAAGUGUGCUCAAAUCAUGCGCCACAUUGGCCUUCUCCCGAGCCCGCACCCAAGCAUAACCGACACCACUCCUUCCACUCUCCUGACCUCUCUCUACUUGAACUCAGAUAUCGCUGCCGCGUCCUCGACAUCCAGUGUUGUGACCUUCAAAACCACGCAAACAGACAUGGACGAGCUAGACCAGACCCGCCGUCACCGCCGCCGCUUCUACAAGAUCGGUCAGCGCUCCUCCGGUGAUAUCGCUCGCGAUCUGUCUCGUCUCCCGCUCUUCUGUCGCCAAGGCCUCAAAACCGCAAUCCAAGGUAUCUUCCGCUCAUCACGCGACUCCAGCUCGGACGGCUCCAACAUUACGCUUCCCAUGCCUUGCACAGGCCGCGUACGCGACGCCAACCUUAGUGAUGGAAUGGGGGAGUUUGACAUGGGCGCCUUGCGUCGCGUCAGGAGGCAGAAGGAGCGCAAUGACCUGAGGCAUGGCACGUGCGACGGCGGUUUCGAAGGCGUGACCGCACCGGCGGGCCUGAAACGUACCUACUCUGUGCAUGUUGGCGGCGACGAAGAGGAUGACAGCAGCAGCAGCUCCGACUUUACCGUCUACUCGUGUGCAUCGGAGGGUAGUGAGGUCGAAGUCAGUGGCGGGGUGGCUCUCACGGAGGAGGCGGUCGAGACGCAUACGCCUGAUAUCCUCACCGCUCCGGUCCCGGGCCAGCAACGCGGAGCGAUCAAUGAUGAGAUGGGCUUGGAGACCAUCAUGACACAAGUCUAG